CCAAGUUCUCAGUUCGCGUCUCUCUGCAAGCAGUGGCAUCCCCUCUAUGACCAUCGCUCGCAAUGAAUCUUCGUGUCAUUGUCGAGCCAAUUCAGAAACUCAAGCUGUCAUGCAGCGAAGUGGGGCCCUCGGGCCAUUGUUCCCGAGAACAAUAAGGUCGAGUCAGGGAAAGCCAUCUCGACCAUAGCGUGCGCGCAUGGGCCUCUGAGAUGACUGCGCAUGGCACACCGUCGCCGACGUCGCUCUCUGCCUCUCUCUUUCUCCCCACCACCGCUGUUGCGCAGAUAUGCUGCUGCCCCGUCUCCCCGUCUUGUUAACCGCCAGCAUCCGACUUACGUCGAACUAUACGGGUAAUGCUCCGGUUGUAGUUUGUGACGCUGGGCAAUGUUUGCAAGGGUAUUCUAACACGACCAUCGGCGUCACACUCUCGGUCCCGGGAUCCCCUGCGAUUCGCUUGCUUCCAGGCCAAUACACGUCGACCUCGAAUCCACAACUACUGCAUAACGCACUUACAUCAUCUUCGGUGUCGCUUUCGCCUUCUCCAGGCUUCGACUCCAACGCGACAAUCCUAUCGCUUCCACUCAAUGUUUUGGAGCAGCCGGGACUCACGACGUACACUGCUGCCCUGUAUUCGGGGGCCAAUGAUCCCUCCGCCUUCACACCAAUUCCUUCCGCGCCUAUUCCAAACUCCUCAUCUCUUGUCUUCCAGUCGCUCUCCCUAUCUCUGAACACCUGGAUCGCAGUCAACGCGUCAUCCAACCCCCGCUUGAUCGUAUGGGACUCGGUUCCCGACAUCUCGCAGCUUCCAAGCGUCCCUGCCAACAUGCGGCUGCUCUCGCUCGAAUCAUCGACUUGCUCGCCGUCUUGCGCGUCCUCGGGCAUCUGCACAUCCUCGGGCGUGUGUGCUUGUCUCCCGGGCUUCGUCGGCGCGGCGUGCGAGAAGUGCGGUGCAGGUCUGUUCGGGCCGCGGUGCAACCAGACGUGUCCCGCCGGAUGCGCGAAAUGCGAUGACGGACUCGGCGGAUCGGGGCGCUGCCUUGACUCUGGUGUCACCCCGGGCGCGUGCGGUUGCGUCAACGGCGCGUGUAAUCCCGAUGGGAGCUGUGCUUGUACGACUGGCUUCGUUAGCGCGGGGAACGGCACGAAAUGUGCGCAGUGUGCAGGGGGGUUCUUUUUGACCCCGGCGGGUGAUUGCUCUAUCUGUGCCAUCGGAUGCUCUGCGUGUGCUGAUCGCACGGGAACGUGCACGGCAUGCAAGACUGGGUUCGCUCCAGACGCCAAUGAUGCGACCAAAUGCGAUCCCGUCCCGAGUGUGACUUCUGCAAACGUGGUGUGUCCCGACGGGGCAUUUGCAAGUGGGGCCAGCUGUGUCCCGUGCUCUUCUGCGUGCAGAACGUGCACUGCCGGCGGAUCGAUUGAUUGCGUGCGCUGUGCGACUGGGACGUAUCUGCUCAACGGAACUUGUGUCUCGGCCGAUGCGAACGGAGUAUGCAAAGGCUCGAGCAUGAUCGCCAAUAACAACAAGCUCGAAUGUGACGCGUGUGGGGCAAAAUGCACCUCUUGUAAAAUCCCUGGUUUCAAUUCGGCAUCGACGAUCAAUGAACUGCAGUGCACAAGCUGUGUAACCGGUUUCGCUGUGUCAAAUGGCACAUGCGUUUCGAGCUGUCCAUCGAGAACAUUCCCACUCAACGGGACUUGUACUGCAUGCGACUCUUCGUGCUCGACCUGUGCUGGAUCCUCGUCCUUCUGCUUAUCCUGCCAUUCGAACCAGCUAGCACUGAGCGGCCAGUGCAUCAGCACCUGCCCUCCGAACACCUUCCUCGGGACAAGCAACGCAUCGUGCUCGGCUUGUCAUCCAGAUUGUGCAGCCUGCUCUGGUCCGGCAUUCGACCAGUGUACAUCCUGCUCUCCGUCUUCCUCACGGCCUGUCUUGAAGAGCGGCAGGUGUCUCCCAACCUGCAGCAAGACCGAGUUCUUCGACAUAACCUCGUCUACCUGCCAUGCAUGCGAUGGAAGCUGCUCGAGUUGUUUAGGGUCCGGUCCAGGACAGUGUCUCGCCUGUGCGGAUCCGAGCCAAGUGCUCAGGGCCGGAAGCUGCGUAGCGGCUGGAUGCGCUGCUGUGGUGAGCGGUCUUGGUGCAUGCCUGUCGGAGCUGGUCGAUGUGCCGAGCGUGACGUCGGGGUCUCCGCUGCCCAGUGCAUCAGGCAUUGACGCACCAACUACUGGGACGGCCAAUACGACAAGGCGGAGGCUCGCUUGGUGGGAGAUCCUGCUGAUGGUGCUGGGAUGCGUGUUUAUUCUCGUCAUGGUGCUUUGGUUGCUGCGGAGACGAGCGAAGAAUGCACGGGCAAAGAAUGCACACAGAGACAAGCCGAACGGCCUAUGUGGGCGUCUUUGCGACACUUUCCGAUCUUGCCUGCGGAAAAGCCGGUCGCGGCCGGUCUACGAGCUCCGUUUGGACUCGACGCGCAAGGGUGCUGAUGCGUCUCGACCGCCUAUCAUGCACCCCCAUCUGCAACAUCCAAGUCGAUUGAGUGUCGAGUCGGCGCCUUCCAUCUAUUCUCAAAUGACUAGCUACACCGCUCAAGCUGCACAGCCUCGGCAGCCGGUGAGGGCUGACAGGAAGUUUUCGGUGGCUGGCACCAGUCUCGUCGAUCCAUACUAUCAUACGACUGCCCCGUAUAUGGCACACAAGCCCACUACCAGGCUAACAGGGGAAUAGCUUCCAGAUGACUGUGACUUGUAAUCUAUAUUAUCAGCUUUCGAACAACUUUAACUUCCUCGCUCUAUAAUACUGAAUCUCAAUACAUUGUAACCUUAAUGACCAGAAUCUU